AUGAAGUUCACCACACUCGUUAUCCUUGCAGUCGCCCUGCACCGGGCCAAGGCCCAGAACGUCAUUGCCGAUGGAGCCAUUGAUGGCUUCUCCAAGGGAGUCAUUGCUGCCCACAACUCCCAGAUCGACGACGCCCAAGCCAAGUCCGAGGUCGACCAGCUCAUCAAGUACAUUGCCUCCAACCCGCUCAUCUACGAUGUGCUUAACCAGGCUGCCAACUCCAUGUUGGGUGGCUUCGACACAGACACCUUCCCUGCCUUUGUCACCGCCGCCCUCAACUCCGUGAGCGCCUACGAACAGUCUCCCGACUUCACUACAGCUAGAUCUCUGGUUUCCCAGUACCUGCCUCACUACGAUGUCCAGCAGGCCAUCAGCAACGUACGAAGCGAGGAUGACCUGUACUACACCCUGUUCACAAACAACGUCAAGUCGUUCACAACUGAUGCUAACGUGCAGAGUGCUGUCGACGCUGGCGUCGCUGGUGUCUCCAAACUCAUGACUGAUCUGGGUAUCCUUGGCGAUAACACUCCUGCCACUUCUUCAGCUCCUGCCACAACCUCUGCUGCUCCUUCCAGCUCUGAAGUCCCCUCUUCUACUGAGGCCCCCUCUUCCACUGAGGCUCCCUCUUCCACUGAGGCUCCCUCUUCCACCGAGGCUCCCUCUUCCACUGAGGCUCCCUCUUCCACUGAGGCCCCUUCUUCCACUGAGGCUCCCUCUUCCACUGAGGCUCCCUCUUCCACUGAGGCUCCCUCUUCCACUGAGGCUCCCUCUUCCACCGAGGCUCCCUCUUCCACUGAGGCUCCCUCUUCCACUGAGGCUCCCUCUUCCACUGAGGCCCCCCCUUCCACUGAGGCCCCCCCUUCCACUGAGGCACCUGUUUCGUCAACUGAGGCACCCGCUUCUUCUACUGAAGCUCCCGUCUCUUCUACUGCCCCUGCUUCUUCCACACCUGUUUCUUCUGAGGCCCCCGUUUCUUCUACUCCUGUUUCUUCGGAGGCCCCUGUAUCGUCUACACCUGCUUCCUCUGAGAUUCCUGUCUCCUCUGAGACUCCCAUUUCCAGCGAGGCUCCCGUUUCUUCUGCUGCUUCUUCUGCCGCUUCCUCGGCCCCCAUUUCCAGCGAGAUUCCCGUCCCUGUCUCCUCUAGCUCCAUUGUUGAGACUGGCUUCAACUCCACCGUACCUGUCGAGUCCACCACGGCCUCUACUACUGCCGUUGGUCCUGUGGUUACCGUCACUUCGGCCGAGUCCAUCACUUCUACUCUGACCCAGACCGUCACCCAUUGUGAUGAGGAUAAGUGUGUGACCCCCACUAUCACUCUGACUACCGUUGUGCCCACAAACCCCGCCACGACCACCAUUCAGACCGUUGUUGAGGGCGUCACCGUCACCAUCACCGUUCCCUGUGAUACCACUGAGGCUCCCCAGCCUACUACCGAGGUCGUUGUUCCUCAGCCUUCCACUGAAGGAGUGGCUCCCAAGCCUUCUACCGAGGUUGUGGUGCCUGGACCGUCCACCGAGGUUGUUGUUCCCGGCCCCAAGCCCACAACUGUUGCUCCCCAGCCUACUGCUGAAUCUACGACUGUGGAGUACGUCACCCAGACUCUCACCGAGACUCUGACGCAUUGUGACGAUCAGAAGUGUAUCACCCCUACCGUGACUGUGACUACUCGGGUCCCUACUAAUGCUCCUCAGACCGAGAUCCAGACUGUCGUUGAGGGCGUUACCGUCACCCUGACUGUGCCUUGUGAUACCAACACACCUGCUCCUGCACCCCAGCCUCAGCCUACUGGAAACCCCGGCCCUGCUCCUUCUCCUGGCCCCGGUCCUGCUCCUUCUCCUGGUCCCGGUCCGGCUCCUUCUCCUGGCCCCGGUCCUGCUCCUUCUCCUGGUCCCGGUCCGGCUCCUUCUCCUGGUCCCGGACCUGCUCCUUCUCCUGGUCCCGGACCUGCUCCGUCUCCUGGUCCCGGACCUGCUCCGUCUCCUGGUCCCGGACCUGCUCCUUCUCACGGUCCCGGACCUGCUCCUUCUCCUGGUCCCGGACCUGCUCCGUCUCCUGGUCCCGGCCCUGCUCCUUCUCACGGUCCUGCCCCCGGCCCUGGACCUCAGUCUCAGCCUAUUGUUCCUCAGCAGCCCACUGCUGGUCCUGGUCCUGCCCCUAAGCCCACUGCUGGUCCUGCCCCUGCUCCUCAGCAGCCUUCUCAUCCCCAGCAGCCCAGUGCCCCUGGAACUGGUGGCCAGCCUCAGCAGCCCGGCACUGGUAACGCUCCUCAACAGCCUGGCACCCCUCAGCAGCCUGGUGCUCCUCAACAGCCUGGUGCUCCUCAGCAGCCAGGCACCCCUGCUCAGCCCGGCGCCCCUGCCCAGCAGCAGCCCACCUCUGUCCCCCAGGUGCCCCAGUCCCCUCAGGGCUCUGUUCCUGCUCAGGCCAACGGCGCUUCUACUGUCGGAGUUUCUGUUGCCGCCGCUGUCGCCGGUGCCAUGAUCUUCCUUCUCUAG